AUGGCAAUAUCUCUACGUAGCAAGAACGAGGAUCCUGCCAGUGAGUUCGACGCAUGGGAAACGGCUGACCACGCCAGCUUUACAUUCCGAGACCAGAGGAGAGUCGAGGACGCUUGCAAACCCCGCAGAGUCGGCAGAUCGCUUGCGGGUGAUCUGGCUGGGUACCGGCGACUGUUCAUCGGAGCCUGUGCCAGCGGUAGGAAAUCCCAGGUCCAUCUGCACCUGUCGAAUGACCUCAAUGAACUGCUCUCUUUGCUGGUCACUCCCGAAAUCAAGUUCAAACCUCCCUUUCGGACCAUCGAUAAUCAGCAUGCUUUUGUCAAAAAAGCAGCAGAUCUGCGUGUCAAAGGCGAGGGUUAUCCAACACUGAAAGAGAUUCUUCAGGGCCUGCCGGCUGAGCUUCGGUACGAGAGGGUAGAAGCAACUUUGAAAUCUCAAAACCUUCUCUACAUGCGAGUGAUUGUCUUUGUCAAGGAGAGCUGCCAGGGCUUUGACUGUUUUGGGUGGUAA